CACACGCACGCGCACGCCAGAAGUUCUCGUGCAGCAGAAGCAGCGCGAGCGCUCGUAGUGCGCGUCUCUCCUGAGAGGAUUAUAUUGUUUGACAGAAUGGAUUAGGAGUGAAAAAAGCUCUCUUUUGAGGAAAAAGUUACUCAGAAAACAAGAAGAAGAAGAAAAAAAACGGAGUACAAAUGUUCUGGAUAAUUAUUCUUGACUUGCGCUUAGUAUUUUAAAUCAGUUAUAGGAACAGAUAAUCGAUUUUGACCGUUUUUUUUCCGUUAAACUCUCACAGCGCGCGAUGGACCUUAGCUAGCUUAGCUAGCAUAAAGUUUCAAACUGUUUUUUUGUUUUUUUUUUACGAUUAAAUUCAACAUUUUUUGCUUUUAAACGAUGGACUUUCUAUAUAAAGUUUUAAACUUUUCUACUUUUGUCGGCGUCCUCCAGGUACUUGGUGACCAGGCUGUACCGUCCAACCAUCCAGGCCUGGAUGUGCUGGCCACAGCAUCACACUACUGGCCCCUGGAUGACGUAGACGGGAUCCGCAGCCUGAGGGACCAGAUUGGGAAUAGAACAGGUCAUAUUAAUGGGACUGAUAUAACACUCAGAAUCCACAACCACACUGUCCUGCCUACCCAUAACUCUUCCUCUGUGUACACCAAUGACUCUGCCUACACUAAUAUUUCCGUCUCUGUAGACAUCGUAGAAGGAGUGGUGAAUAAAGGCAUCUAUCUGAAUGGAGACCGUGGAGCCACCUUCCUGCACUUUGGCAACUACAAGAACUCCUGUAUCAGUGACCCCACUCUGUGUGGACCACAAGGGAUCACAUUCUCCUUCUUCUGGAAGAACCAGGAGUCACAUUCCCGCUUUGCUGUGAUGUCGGGAGGAAAAAUCAUCUCCAACGGCUUCUCUGUCUACACCAACCCCUUGGGAGGAUACGUGGAGUUCUACACCAGGGGAAACUCUCGGCGCUGGAAAGCAAAUAUCAACCUUCCAGGACCUUUCUGGACUCACAUCCUAUUCACUUGGACCCAUAAAGAUGGCCUGAAGAUCUACAUAAACGGCACAUUCAGCGUCGAGGACACAAAAGGCGACGUGUCGCAGAAUUACGGCGAUACGUAUGCAGAUUUGGUGAUCGGAACAGGACACAGUCACUCCUACGGCACUUACGUCACCGCAUCCUUCGACGAGUUUGUUAUUUGGGAGCGUGCCCUUUCAGCCAAAGAGAUCUGGCUCUACUAUAAAGCUGCCAUAGGGGAGGAUAUGGUUUACCCUCCAACUACCAAAUCUCCUUCCAGUGUCUACACCACAACAGACGCUCUUCUGCAGGCAACAACAGCAUCACCCCACCCCACUGCUUCUAACUUCACAGAGGUUCAUGACUCAGGGCCCAUGUUACUGAAAGGCUUCCUCCAGUCUUCCUUCAUUCUGCUUAAUAAGACUAUUCCUAAGGAUACGGCUCACAACCUGACACAGUCAUUUCUGAAGAGCAUUGACGAGAUGAUAUCCUCCAGUAGCUCACGAGAAGAUGAGGAGCAGCUGACUCCUGUAAUCAGUGGAUUCAUAGACACAGUGGACAAAGUCAUGGGGCACAUGGUCUCCAACCUUGAGGCUAAACCAAAUUCUCCUGUUGCUAUUGGUGGAAAAAGCUAUGUUGCAGAUUACUCUCUGAUGAAGAUCCCGCAAAAUUAUAACAUGCAGAAUUACAGAUUCCCGACACAAGGCAAGAACUACAUCUCAGUGCCAGGAGAGGCCUUCACUACAGAAUCCCAGACCACAAUCGUAGGCCUUUUCUACCACAGUAUGCACAACUACUACAAACAGAUCAACCCUCUGAAAACCAGGAUCAACGAGGCAGUGGAAUUUAAGGACCAUAAGAUCCAGGUGGCCAGCUACCUGAUCUCCCUAAAGGUGGAGCCCUCUCCUGCCCUCUCAGUCAACCUGUCAUCAGAGCCACUGAUCAGAAUCAUGCUAACACACCAACUGAGCAAAGAGCAACAACUUGAGGCCAUGAACGAGAGCAACAAAGUCUUCCUCUACUGUGCCUUCCUGAAUUACAGCUUGAAGGAAGGCGUAUGGUCCAACAACGGUUGUUUGAGAGCUGGAGGCAACCUUUCCUACUCCAUCUGCGUGUGCAACCACCUGACCAACUUUGCCAUUCUCAUGCAGGUGGUUCCUGUGGAGCUCAGUAAGAGCCAUCAGGUUGUGCUCUCUACCAUUACUUAUGUGGGUUGCUCCAUCUCCAUCUUCUGUCUGGCCAUCACCCUGGUCACCUUCGCUGUGCUCUCGUCUGUGAGUACCAUCCGGAACCAGCGCUAUCACAUCCAUGCUAACUUGUCCUUCGCCAUCCUGGUGGCCCAGAUCCUCCUUCUCAUCAGCUUCCGCUUUGAACCCGGGACGUUGCCAUGUAAGGUGAUGGCAGUGCUGCUUCACUUUUUCUUCCUGUGUGCAUUUGCCUGGAUGCUGGUGGAGGGGCUUCAUCUCUACAGCAUGGUGAUCAAAGUGUUCGGCUCUGAGGGCAGCAAACACUUCUACUACUACGGCAUAGGCUGGGGGUCCCCAGUGGUCAUAUGCGUCGUGUCCAUAACGUCGUCGCUGGGCAGUUACGGACAAGACGAAAACUGCUGGCUGUCUCUGAAGAACAAUGCUAUAUGGGCGUUCGUGGCUCCCGCUCUGUUUGUCAUUAUGGUGAACAUUGGUAUCCUCAUUGCUGUGACGAGGAUCAUCUCCAGAAUCAGUGCAGAGAACUACAAAGUGCAAGGAGAUGCUAACUCGGUCAAACUCACUGCUAAAGCAGUAGCAGUCCUCUUGCCUAUCCUGGGCAUCUCGUGGAUCUUUGGCGUUUUGGCUGUGAACGACCAAUCCCUCCUCUUCCAGUACAUGUUUGCAGCUUUCAACUCUCUGCAGGGCUUCUUCAUCUUCCUCUUCCACUGUCUGCUAAACUCAGAGGUCAGGGCUGCUUUCAAGCACAAGACCAAAGUGUGGUCUCUGACCAGCAGCUCAAUCCGCAACAUCAACGUUAAGCCUUUCAAUUCAGACAUUAUGAACGGUAACAGAGGAGGCGUGAGCCCGACAAGGAUGAACACGUGGGACAAAAGCACCAACUCAGCUAAUCGUAUUGACCUGUCAGCGCUCUAAGAGUCAACAAACAAUGGCUACUGAACACAAAAGAUCCACAAACGGACAACGAAAGUCGUACUUCUCCUCAGGCCGAUGUCGCUACCGUUCCUUUUCACGACGACUCAGAGGUUUUAUGACGUUCUCACGCAACCGGGUGAAGAAAAGACUCUGGUUAGUUGUAGACUUUUCCUGACGUCACUCUUUCUCACUGACACCACUCACUUUAUGAAGACAAACAAGAGCUCAGAGCCAUAAAAAAGUCACAGAUGAAAACACAAGACUCGUGUUGGAUAACUAUUCUCUGUCCAGUGUUCAACUACAAAGCGUCCUGCUCAUAACUCCAGUCGCUGCUGCUGGAUUCCACUGCUGUCUGUGACUUGACACUAAACUGUGACACGAGAUGCGUCUCGCUCGGGACGAGGAGGUUUUUUUUUUUUUUUUCCAUUGUGUGCCGAUAUACAGAGACCUGCUAUUACAGCUCUCAGUCCUAGUCUGAUUAGAUGGAAUGAAAAUAAGGUCUGGGUUACAUGUGAGCCAGGUAGUGCUUUCCAUUUCAAAGGCACGUGAGCGUUUAGCUGGCGAGGUUUCACGACUGCAGCAAAAGACAUUCCCAGAAGCGGAACCAAAUACAUUGCUUUGCUGUGUUGUCCUUGACGGUGUCGUAUUUCCUCAGAGAUAUCGUGCUGUAUGUACAGUAUGUUGUUCUCUUCCUAUAGACGCACUGCGUAAACUGUAAAUUAUUGUCUUUCACAAAUAUCUACUGUUUCAUGUCGACACGAUGGUUUCCAAUGUCUUCAUCACCCCAAAAGUCAUUUUGACAUGACAGAGUGAAGGAAAUUUUACACUCUUUAACUUCUUUGUCUAAGCUCUGAGGUGUUCAACUUUGUGACCAAUAUAAUAACUCUUGGCAUAGCAGAACAGGUUGACGUUUUGUCGACACGGGCUCGCUCUGAAUUUGGCCCAUUGUAAUUAGCAGAACAGAACCGAACCAACAUGCCGGACGUUUCUGACUGCACUGUGCCAAGUGUAUCUUGUAUAUUACCGUAACUGUUAAAAUGGAGGUCAGGGUUUCUCGUUUUCCUAUAAACUGUCAUACUGUAGUUGUUGUCUUGUUCCAUAAAUAUUUAAGGUAUAAUAAUAAUAAUAAUAAUAAUGUAAUUGUGAUGUACACCUUGAGGUCACCUUGUGUACACCAAAGGAUAUCUUUUUGACAUCUUGCCUUUCUUUAUUUUAUUUGGUCAUCAUUUCCUGUCUAACACAUUCUAGCUUUUAAUAUACAUAUGUAAGCCCUGUUUCUUCAGAUGAAGUGCUCAGUGUAACGUGUUUGUUUUUUUCUCGACCCUUUAAACGGUUUAUGCGUUCUCAUUCCUUCUGUCCAACAACUGCCAAAACUGGAAUGACACUGAUAGCGAUCACUCUGCUUUCUUUCCAGGUUUUUUUUUUUUUUAACAGGGACUGUCAUUCGUUUCCAUUAUUUUGUCCAGCCUUAUUAUUAGUGAAUCCCAAAGUAACUGCGUUACUUCUCGGUUAUAGUCGACUGUGAUUAUUAUGUGGCAGGGUCUGUGCAUGGACACACACACAUCAGAUUCUGUCUGUAACGGAAAAUAUGUUUGAAGGGUUUUUUUUUAAGAUGAGUUUUGAGGAAAUUGUUGAAUUUUUGGACUCUUGAACCAAAAAGAGACACCAAUGCUGAUGAUGAGCUGUGCAAGGCGAUGUUAAGCUGAACAUUGUGUUUUUUGCAAUUUAUAUUUUUUCUUAUGAAUAAUAAUGUGAGACUCUGUAUUCUGUGAAGUGUUCUGUUCCUUGCUGCCAGUGUGGAUGUCAUUAGAAAUGAAAAGUGGUGUCCCUUUCGGGUUCACGCGGCGUACGUCAUGACAACGAAGGUGAGACUUGACUCUAUUUAUGCCGAUGUAAAAAUAAAACUGCAUAUACUGUUA